AUGGAUGCUGCACUUAGAGUAGUCAGGUACAUCAAAGGCUCACCUGGGCUUGGUAUAUUCCUAAAGAUGAGUCCUAUCUCUCAUCUCACUGCCUACUGUAAUUCUGAUUGGGCAGCAUGUCCAAAUACACGAAAGUCAAUUACUGGAUAUGUUAUAAAACUGGGGGAGUCUUUGCUAUCAUGGAAGUCCAAGAAGCAGCAGGCAAUAAGUCGUAGCUCAGCUGAAGUUGAGUAUAUGAGUCUUGCAGUAGUAGCAGCUGAUAUCACUUGGCUAGUUGGGUUGUUAAAGGAAUUGAAUGUCGAUUUACAACAACUAGUUGAUCUCUAA